GGUUCGGAAGCAGUGACGUCACAGAAACCGUCCACAGUAGUAACGCCCCCUCAAACUUUCAUUUCACGUUUGCCCUAGCGUUAGCGUCGUUUUCGGUCGCCGAAGACGUAUUUAUUUCAUACAUCAAACAGAGUCACCGUGUUUUCUUGCGGACUGUUCAGCUGUGCAACUGCGCGUGUUUUGGAUAUUAAGGUGUGCGGAUGGAGUCGCACAAGGGCUCAGAAGUUGUUCAUCAGCAGCAAAAAGACAGAGGCCAGACUUGUUCCCCCAGACUGACACAGUUCUGUUCAACAACCGUCUGCAUAGAGGCAAGAAGACCAACCUCAGAUCGGAUCUGAUCAUGUUGACGAUUCACUAAUUCUGUUCAAAAAACUGAUUAUGAGUGGUCAUUCGGGCAGCAUGGUUUUUAGGCAUACAUCUAAGAUGUGCAUGCACAGGAAAGAGAAGCACAACAUAAAAUUGCGUACGAAGAGAACAUCAGUGAGUGAGACUCAGUCGACAGCAGGCAAGCGCAGACGGAAAACUGCCUAUCCAUGCAAAAUAUGCGGCAGGCUCUUCCUCCAUCAUCUGUCUCUGAAUGCACACUACACUGCGACUGCAUGUCUUAGUGCAAUCAAAAAAGGUCAGGGCACAGGAACCGACACAAAAACUACCAAGUUACGAGAGCACAGACCAUACAAUAAAGUUAAAGGCAGUCUUGCUCAGGGCAAGACUGUGCGGGCCGGUCCAGGGAGGCCAAGACAGGAGGAAGAAGAGGACGAUGUGGACGUAGAGGGAGAGUUCCCAUGUCCCACCUGCACGGAGGUUUUUUCUCUGCAGUCACAGCUGAGGCAGCACGUGGAGCUCCAUGACACAUCUAUGGUGAGGAGAGAGUGCAGCGUGUGCACGGAGAAGAUGGACACCUUCGAGCGUCCGGCGUCAAGGAGGCAACGCUUCUAUCACUGUGUACCCUGUCAGGAGGGCUUCUCAGCACUGGACUCCUUCCUUGAGCACUGUCAGGAGCACCUGCAAGCUAGGGAUGAAGAGGAGGGCUGAGGCAUGGAGGGCUCCAAAUAUUAGGCCAGCAAAGCCUGAGGAACUGGACGUAGAACGACGAAUGGGAAGUGCACACACAUCUACCGGUAGCUAUGUUAAACAGGUGCAAACAUAUUAAGAGUCAUCAUCACUAUAAGGUGCCUUUCGGAAUUCCUAAUUUCACGCCUAAAAAGUUAACUUUUUGCAUUGAGCUUCAUAUUCAUUGUCUUAAUGGGGAAGUCAAAUCAAAAAAUGGUGUUACAAUAUGUUCUAUGCCCCCCAACUAGUCUAAAUAGCCCAUACUGAUUAAUAUUGCAUUUGUCAAAUAUUAAUUAAGCAGCAAAAUGCAUCCAUUUAAAUCCAUCUCAGUGGGCGUCCAUUUUGCCACAUGCUGUCGCCUGAAAAUGACAUCACAGUUGCUCAGGUAACGAACAAUCAUGGCUCAGCUGUUUGGUGAUAUAAUGUUCACAAUCAUGGUAUCAUUGGUCAUAACCUGAGCCCUGAGAAAUUGUGAUGUCAGUUCCAGUUGACAGGAGGUGGCACAAUGGCUGCCUCCUGAGGUGCAUAAAUACAGGUGAAUUUUGCUGCUGAGUUCCUAUUUCUACAACCCAAGGUUAAUCAGGCUGCAUAGAAAAUGUUUGACUUUACUGCCCCUUUAGGUAAAUGUUAUCCUGUUAGAAAUCUGUAUUGGUCAAGCUACCACACGUGUUUAUGAAUUCACCAAAGCAAACAAUGCAGCAAGCUAACGGCAAAAUGUUACCUUGCUGAACAUUUUUGGCCACUGUUAUCAUUUAAUAAUCACAUGUAGGACCUUGAUGUAAAACAUGAUUCAUCAAGCUAACUGUAUAUCGUGUAACACAUACAGUGUAUUUUGAAUUUAAAAAGGGGUUUCAUAUCAAUUGGUUCAGCAUGACAGCGUGCACAUGUGAAGCUUGUCAACAUUCAAUUACACACGAUGAAAACUAUGAAACAAGUGUUCAUAUGUAUUCUGCAACUGUCCACUGUUUCAGCCUCUAUUGAAGAAAGACAAAUUGUCGUCUUAUCAUGAACAUCGAGGUCAAUUACCCCAUGAUGACAAGUUCAACAGCAAUUUCAGGGAGACAAAAUGUUCAGUAUAAUUUUUUU